AUCAGACUGCAUUCGGCGUAUCCACAAUGUCCGUUCAGCAUCACAAUAGCAACUAUGGCACAGCAGAGGCGCAUUCUUGUCGUUGUUGCAGGCGGGGGCUACACCAACGCAGCUCCUCUUCUCAAAUUGUCCUCCAUUCUCGCAACCCGUGGCUAUAUAAUUGAUUUCGCAACCCUCGCUGGACGUCGGCAAUGGCUGUCAAAUUCCCCUUUUAUCUCGCGGCUUCAUAUCGUCGGACCUGCCAUUCCUAAAGAGCAGGAAGAAGAAAGUUACGAGCAGAUGUCCCAAUGGGCAACUGAUUUGAUAUGCAACUGGGGUGCUGUAUUUGCUGCCAAAAAGUACCUCGAAUCCUCAUGGCCACAUGUAUAUCACAACCUCACCCAGUUGGUGCUUGACCCAGCCACCCGGCCAGAUUUCAUCCUGGCAGACUACUUGGUAGAUGCAGUCCGAGACGUCUGUUUCGAGCAUGACGUUCCAUUCGCAAUGCACUGGCCUCAGAUGCCGACUGGUAUGAUGCAUGCUUCAUAUAUCCCCGGCAUCCCAGGACUCCAGGUCGAAGUCUUGACGUCCGAGUUCGCAACUCUAUGGCAGCGCUUGAAAAAUGCCGUCCGCAUCUACACAGCCUUACCGCACUUCCUUGAAUACCAGCGCUGGGUGAAGCAGAUGCGGCAAUCGGCUGGCGUGUCCCGACAGCUUCCUAUGCUUCCAAGGCCCGACUAUCUCUGUCUAGUGAACUCCUUUUUCGCCCUCGAGGCAGCCAAAGAGACCCCCCCCAAUGUUGCAGCCAUUGGGCCUGUUCUUGCCGAUAAAGUCGACGAACUCACAGAGCCAUUUCCCUCAUUUCUCCAAUCGCGUUCCCGCGUUCUUUACAUUGCGCUAGGCACGCACGUCUUGUUCCCUCACAGGGUACUAGCCGAUCUCCUGUCUGGGGCGAUCACCGCUCUCCGAGCCAGUUUAAUCGAUGGUAUCAUUUGGGCCGCGAGUCCCAAAGCUCGCAGACAACUCGAUACCUCCGCCCUUCUCCCCUCACCAACCGACUCUAGCGACGAAACCACCCUCGGCAGUCUCCUAGAGAACAAGCACUCAUCCAUCCUAACCGCCGACUUUGCCCCCCAGCGCCCAAUCUUACAUGAUCCCCGAGUCGCUGUGUUCAUCAGCCACGCAGGAGCAUCUUCAACCAACGAAGCCGUUGUGGCCGGUAUCCCUGUCAUCACCUUACCAGCCUACUUUGACCAAAUCCAGAAUGCAAUGCGAUUACGAGACGCAGGGGUCUCGGUCCCACUGCAAAAAGAGACCCUGAGUGCGUCCGAUGUCACAGCCGCCGUCACACGCAUACUCAAUGACAUUCGCAACGAUGGUCCGAUCAUGGCUAAUGUGCGCCGUGUGUGUGGAAUCGCCCGCAUCGCCGCGCAUCGAAAGCAUUUGGCCGUGGACUUGAUCGAGGAGGUUUUGGUCGAUUGGCAAGGACGGCAACGUGAACGUCGGUUGGGGGUGAAACAACCCCGGGGAAUGCACUUGGAGACUGCAGAGGCACGAAUGCCGAGGUGGAAGGCGAGGAAUUGGGACCUUUUCGCGUUGAUGGCGUUACCUGGUUUAUUGGUUGCUGCGGUUGUUAUGGCUCGUUUUUUCUAAAUCUAGGAAUCGAUAGAAUUACUGUACUAGAACGAACACGGUCACUGGUGUGCUUUUUUCGGUCUUAUUUUUGAAUAGAGCGUAUUCUCAGGGAGAACGUUUGGUGACUUUGGCUUCGUCAUACAGGCAUGUGGUUAGAAAUUGUCCUUGUAAUUGCACAGUAUAAGCCAUACUAAUACUAUAGUAUAC